AUGGAGCGAUCUGUGGCGUCGAAGCAACGGCAAUCUGCCAAGCAACAGAAGCCGUCUGAGCCGGCUGUACAACAAAGCCCUCCUGCGCCACUAUUUUCUGGACCGAAUCUUCAGAAGAACCUCGCCGCUGUGAACCUCAGUCGCACAUACCUUGCCAUUAUAGCAGGUGUAGUGGCAGGCAUAUUAGCACGUCGCUCUGAUCACAAGUCUGACCAUGGUUCCCUACAUCCCCUCUCUUUCCCACAAAUCUCCUUCCCCUCGUUCUCCCCUUCCCCGCCUCCCUCCUUUCCCGCCCUCCCCCUUUUCUCCCUCUUCCCCUUCCCGCUACCCCGCCGUCAUGAUUUCCACAUGCUCGUGCUCUGCUCAGGUGAGGGUGCUAGCAAAGCGAAGGUCAAAGCGGAUUACGGAGGGAGAGUGCGAACCUUCCCCCACGUUGAGGGCAACUUCGCCGUUCAUGUCUUCAUUCCAGUUACCAUCCCUGCCUCUCUCCAGCCGCUCCUCCAAUCGCACCUCCGCACUGCCAUCAGCGCCCUCCCUGCACUGGCACCCGUGGACCCGGACUCACUCAAAGCUGCUGUUGCUGGUGUUGGUGGUGGUGGUGCUGCUAUUGCUGAUUGUGGUUUUGGUGCUACUGUUACUGGUGCUGGUGGUGGUGCUACUACUGCGGCUGCAAUGCAUGCCCUGGUUACAGGGGAGGUUCACAUGACGGCUGCUCGCACUCCAUUGGACAAGUCAGCGUUUACUACCAACAAGAUGACUCAAUCCUUGCACUUCCCCCUCUCUUCUAGUGCCUGUCACUUUCCCCUCCACGGCACCAGCUUCCACUUGCAUUUGGACAAGUGGACGGCAUUUGUCAACGAUGAUAAGACUCGCUGCUUUUCUCUUUCCAUCACUUGUUACUCACUCCCCCCGCUUCCCCUCCACGGCAGCAGCUUCCACUUGCAUUUGGACAAGUGGACGGCAUUUGUUAACGAUGAGAAGACUCGCUCCUUCCUCGCCCUUGAAGCUGCCCGGGAGGGACUGCCUGAGUUCGCCUCUCUGGUUCAUUGCAUCGACCAGGCAUAUGCUGUUCACGGUCUUCCUCCGUACUAUGAUAACCCACGCCCACACGUGUCCCUGCUCUGGGUAGCUGGUAACCACCUCGACCAGUUACUCUCCAUCGCACAUAGCUUACAAAUGUCGUGUGGUGGUCUUCCUCUUUGCAUCCGAGUGAAUGUGGGCAAGGUUGUUUGUAGAGUGGGGCAAAAAGUGCACACGGUGUGGGAGGACAAUCGUAGAGCAAUGCUGUAG